UGGAGGACUUUGGCCUGCCUCAUGUGCAGGAGGCGGCACUUUCACCCUGAGUUUAGAGCCCACUGGAUCACAUUACAAAAAGAAAGGAAACAACAGGUUUAAAGUGAGUGCCAUGUUGGGGUCAAACCUGAACCCUUAGCUUUCCUCACUGGGGCCCUAACAGGGCUCUAUUUCUUCCACCGGACUCCCUUCAUAUACUGUUUUUAUCUCUUCCCCGCGGGAGUGAAAGUUCAGCAGCUAGUGUCAUCCUGGUCGGCGCCAGCGGAGACUUCUUAAUACUUUCUUUUACCAGGAAGUAAAGAGCCAAGAUGCCCACCUUCACUGUGGUGCCAGUGGAGGAUGCGGACGACGGCAGCAACAGUGCCGAUGCAGCUGGAGGAAGCAAACCCGUCAGUCUGGGCAAAAUCUUUGGGGAGGAAAAUGAUAAGGAGAACUUACAAGGAGCUCACUCAGAAGAUGAGGAUCAGAGAGAGUCCAGUCCAUUCCUCAACUCAGACAAUGAUGGAGAACACUAUUAUGAAGGAAAGAACAUGGCCCUGUUUGAGGAGGAAAUGGACAGUAACCCCAUGGUGUCAUCUCUUCUCAACAAGUUGGCCAACUACACCAACCUGACCCAGGGUGUUCGUGAGCACGAGGAGGCCGAGGAGGACGGGGUCAGGAGGGUCACAGUCAUGGUCCCCCAGAUGGGAACCUUCAUCGGAGUGUACCUGCCCUGCAUGCAGAACAUCCUGGGUGUCAUCCUCUUCCUGCGUCUCACCUGGAUCGUCGGCACAGCGGGAAUCCUGGGAUCCUUCGCCAUCGUCUCCAUGUGCUGCGUCUGUACUUUGCUCACAGCCAUAUCAAUGAGCGCCAUAGCGACCAAUGGAGUUGUCCCAGCCGGCGGCUCGUACUACAUGAUCUCCAGGUCUUUGGGUCCGGAGUUUGGAGGCGCAGUGGGACUCUGUUUCUACCUGGGGACCACCUUCGCCGGAUCCUUGUACAUACUGGGAACCAUAGAGAUUCUGCUGACGUACAUCGUCCCGACAGCCACGGUAUUUAAAGAAGGCGAUAACGCAGCAAUGCUCAACAAUAUGCGCAUCUAUGGCACGUGCUGCUUGGUGAUAAUGGCGCUGGUAGUGUUUGUAGGGGUGAAGUACGUGAACAAACUGGCUCUGGUGUUUCUGACCUGUGUGGUUCUGUCUAUCAUGGCCACUUACGCCGGAGUCAUCAAGACGCUCAUCGAACCGCCUGAGUUCAACGUCUGUUUGUUGGGGAACCGCUCCCUGAAGAACGAAAAGUUUGAAACGUGCGCAAAGAUGGAGGAAGUGAAAAACCUCACGGUGACCACCGAGCUCUGGCCCCUCUUCUGCGACAGUAAACACAGCAACGCCACCUGCGACGAGUACUUCUCCUUAAACAACCUGACGGAAAUACAGGCCAUACCUGGGCUUCGGAGCGGAGUUAUCAAAGACAACCUGUGGGGCAACUACGGUCCAGCUGGUAUGUUCAUAGAGAAGGAAAACCAGCCUUCAGUACCGGAGCAGGAAACCACCAAAAACGUCCAUAGGCCGUACGUCUUCAAUGACAUCAGCACCUACUUCACUCUGCUGGUGGGAAUCUACUUCCCCUCCGUCACAGGUAUAAUGGCUGGUUCUAACAGGUCAGGUGAUCUCAGAGACGCCCAGAGGUCGAUCCCAAUAGGAACCAUCAUGGCUAUUCUCACCACCUCUUUCAUCUACAUCUCCUUUGUGGUGCUGUUUGGAGCCUGUAUUGAGGGAGUGGUGCUGAGAGACAAGUUUGGUUACUCAGUGAAGAAGAACCCGGUGAUUGGUAUUCUGGCCUGGCCGUCACCCUGGGUGAUCGUGAUCGGCUCCUUUUUCUCCUGCUGUGGGGCGGGGCUCCAGAGCCUCACCGGCGCCCCCCGGCUGUUGCAGGCCAUCGCUCGGGACGGCAUCAUCCCGUUCCUGCAGGUCUUUGGUCACGGGAAGACGAACGGUGAACCCACCUGGGCUCUGCUGCUGACGGUCGGGAUCUGCGAGAUAGGAAUCCUCAUCGCUUCUCUGGACGACGUGGCUCCCAUCCUGUCCAUGUUCUUCCUCAUGUGCUACCUGUUUGUCAACCUGGCCUGCGCUGUCCAGACUUUGCUCCGAACGCCCAACUGGAGGCCGCGCUUCAAGUUCUAUCACUGGACCCUGUCCUUCUUAGGGAUGAGUCUGUGUCUCUCCCUUAUGUUUGUCUCCUCCUGGUACUACGCCCUGGUUGCCAUGGUGAUAGCUGGAUGUAUCUACAAGUACAUUGAGUACAGAGGGGCAGUGAAGGAGUGGGGAGACGGUAUCCGAGGCCUGUCCUUGAAUGCAGCGCGGUACGCUCUCAUCCGGCUGGAGGAAGCACCGCCGCACACCAAAAACUGGAGGCCUCAGCUGUUGGUGCUGUGUAAGCUGAACUCCGACCUGGCGGUGAAACACCCUCGUCUCCUGUCAUUCACCACACAGCUCAAAGCGGGGAAGGGACUGACCAUCGUCUGUUCGGUCCUGGAGGGAACCUACAUGACCCGGGGGAACGACGCCAAGACCGGAGAGCAGAACUUGAAAGCUGCCAUGGCCAAAGAGCGAACCAAGGGUUUCUCCCAUGUGGUGGUUUCAUCCAACCUGCGGGACGGUUUCUCUCUGCUCAUCCAGUCAGCAGGACUGGGAGGAAUGAAACACAAUGCCGUCCUGAUGGCCUGGCCAGCAGGGUGGAAACAAGCCCGGGACUCCUCUGCAAGGAGGAAUUUCAUAGAAACAGUGAGAGAGACAACGUCGGCACAUCAGGCUCUGCUGGUUGCUAAGAACAUUGACCACUUCCCUAGCAACCAGGAGCGUCUGAAACAGGGAAACAUUGACGUGUGGUGGAUCGUACACGAUGGGGGACUGCUCAUGCUGCUGCCAUUUUUACUUAGUCAGCACAAGGUGUGGAGGAAGUGCAACAUGCGAAUCUUCACGGUGGCUCAGAUGGACGACAACUCCAUCCAGAUGAAGAAAGAUCUCCAGAUGUUUCUCUACCAUCUACGGCUGGAUGCAGUGGUGGAGGUGGUGGAAAUGCACGACAGCGAUAUCUCAGCCUUCACCUACGAGAAGACGCUGGUGAUGGAGCAGAGGUCUCAGAUGCUCAAACAGAUGCAGCUGUCCCGCACUGAGAGGGAGAGAGAGAUUCAGAGCAUCACAGACGUAUCGCGUGGCUCCAUAAAGAGGAAGAAGUCGUCGCGCAUUGACGCCCCGUCCCUCAACAUGCUGUGCAUACCAGAGGAUGAGGCCCAGCUGAUCCACGACCGCAACACGGCCUCUCACUCCACAAUGAACGACAAAGCCACGCCAGAUCGCGUCCACAUGACCUGGACCAAAGACAAACUGAUCAACGAGAGGAACAGACAGAGAGAGGCCAUGGCAGUUAAAGACAUGUUUAACAUGAAACCUGAGUGGGAGAAUCUCAACCAGUCCAACGUGCGGAGGAUGCACACGGCUGUGAAGCUCAAUGAGGUGGUCGUCAAGAAAUCCUGUAAUUCAGACCUGGUCCUGCUCAACAUGCCCGGACCACCGAAGAACAAGAAAGGAGACGAGAACUAUAUGGAGUUUUUGGAGGUUCUGAUGGAAGGAUUAGAUCGUGUCCUGUUGGUCCGCGGAGGAGGUCGGGAGGUCAUCACCAUCUACUCUUAGCACCGGUUUGGUCCUAACGGGUUUAGACACUGGAGGGGAAACAGCGGGAACCCGGACAAAGGAGGACAUGGCUUCGAGGUGGGACACGGACGAAGACGUCUGAAAGUACAGGACAAACCUCCUCACACUGUCCGGACAAAAGAAACUUGAGUGCUGCCUAACAUUUUGGAGGAGGAUUUUGGUCGCUGUGAAGGACCCCCCACAUCUCUACAAUGGAAGAUGUCACCUGUGACGCUGCCGUCUGCGAACCGAGUUCAACAUGUUAUAUUUCUUCAUUUCUUCUUUUUCUUUUUGGAAGAGAGAACACUCCCGACAACUUGUAGUUAAACUGUUAGCAUUUCAUAGCUUUUCGGAGCUAGCAGCAAGUCCAUUGGUUUCAAUGAGGAGCGCUGACGUAGCUACGCUGUCUUUAUUUCAGUGCCACUGAAGAAACUUUUCAACGACUGACUUUUGGACGAGAGAAGAGCUGAACAUGUUUUGAAGUCAUUAUAUUUUUUUUUUCUUAUAGAAUAUCGUGUUUGCCUCACGUCACUGCAAAUAACGUUAGAAUAAACUAAAUGUUUAGCAUUGAUUAGAAUCAAUAGUUAGGAUUGUGUUGAACACUGCUCGCCUGUCUUAAUGUCAGAGACAGCGUCAAUGAGCCGUGUGUGAUCAAAAAGGACGAGUAUGUUUUUGUGUUGCUUCACACAUGUGUAUGUCCCUGUACAUGGACUGAACAUUAAAGUCUGAUGUGACGGAAUCAGAUGAACAGAAGAGGACAGGUUCCUUUACAUCAUGUCUUUACAAACAUAUAUCUAAAUGAUGAAACUGGACUUUCUCCUAGAGCCUUCCAGACAUAUUGAAAUGAGUGUUUUAGCUCAUCUGGCGUCCAUUAGGAGACGGUCUUCAUGAUUAAGAAAAAAAAAGCAGCAUUGAAGGAAAUUAUUGAUCAUCAUUCAACUGCUGUUGAAAACAUAAACGCCGGUCUGCGGUGUCAAAGUCCAACCCGCUCUCCCGCCACAACCUCCUUCCCAAGAUAUUUGCUGCAGAAUAAGAACAACAUGCUAAUGCCUGUAUCCUGUUUCUGUGCAGUACUGUGAUUUCUACAACCACCAGUUUGAUAAACAUACAGUCGGUUGUUUUUACGUGUAAGGGAGUUUAACCAUUCAACAGCUGAACGAAGACAACACCACACACACUUUCCUAAAAACAACAACAACGACGACAACAACAAC